UCUGGUCCCGGCAGCAGCGAUGUCCCCCGGCAGGAAUGUCCCUCCUCAGAUAAUGUUAUUUAUAUCUCUGGGCGGGUCCGUGGCUCCGCAGCACCAGGCGCCCGGCGGCCGCUGUGCCAGGAGCCCCGUGCUGCCCUCCUCCCCCUGCGCCGCCGCCCCCGGGCUCGGGGUGGCCGCCGCUUCAGCCCCAGCGCAGGGACCCUUCCAUGAAGACUGAGCCAGGCAUAGCUGCUAAGAAGAGCCUGCUGACAUGACAUCAGCCACGGAGUUUGAGAACGUGGGCAACCAGCCACCGUACAGCCGGAUUAAUGCCCGCUGGGACGCCCCAGAUGACGAACUGGACAACGACAGCAGCUCAGCCAGGCUCUUUGAGAGGUCCCGGAUCAAGGCCUUGGCAGAUGAGCGGGAAGUGGUUCAGAAGAAAACCUUUACGAAAUGGGUGAACUCCCACCUGGCUCGAGUGUCCUGCCGCAUCAGCGAUCUCUACAAGGACCUGCGGGAUGGACGCAUGCUCAUCAAGCUGCUGGAGGUGCUCUCCGGAGAGAUGCUGCCAAGGCCGACCAAGGGCAAGAUGCGCAUCCACUGCCUGGAGAACGUGGACAAAGCCCUGCAGUUCCUCAAGGAGCAGCGCGUGCACCUGGAAAACAUGGGCUCCCACGACAUCGUGGAUGGCAACCACCGCCUGGUCCUGGGCCUCAUCUGGACGAUCAUCCUCCGAUUCCAGAUUCAAGACAUUGUUGUCCAAACUCAAGAAGGUCGGGAGACACGCUCAGCCAAGGACGCUCUGCUUCUGUGGUGCCAGAUGAAGACAGCCGGCUACCCCCAAGUCAACGUAACCAACUUCACCUCCAGCUGGAAGGACGGCCUGGCCUUCAAUGCCCUAAUUCAUAAACACCGGCCUGACCUCAUUGACUUUGACAAGCUAAAGGACUCCAAUGCCCGGCAUAACUUGGAGCAUGCAUUUGAUGUGGCCGAGCGUCAGCUGGGCAUCAUCCCACUCCUUGACCCUGAAGAUGUCUUCACAGAAAACCCAGAUGAGAAGUCCAUCAUCACCUACGUGGUGGCGUUUUACCACUACUUCUCCAAGAUGAAGGUGCUGGCGGUGGAGGGCAAGCGAGUCGGCAAGGUCAUUGACCAUGCCAUUGAGACUGAGAAGAUGAUUGAAAAGUACAGUGGGCUAGCCUCAGACCUGCUCACCUGGAUUGAGCAAACCAUUAGCGUCCUGAACAGCCGCAAGUUUGCCAACUCGUUGAGUGGCGUCCAGCAGCAGCUACAGGCCUUCAGCACCUACCGCACUGUGGAGAAGCCACCCAAGUUUCAAGAGAAGGGGAAUCUGGAAGUCCUCCUGUUCACUAUCCAAUCCCGAAUGAGAGCCAACAAUCAGAAAGUGUACACGCCCCACGAUGGGAAGCUAGUGUCUGACAUCAACAGGGCCUGGGAGAGCCUGGAGGAGGCAGAAUACCAAAGGGAGCUGGCCCUGAGGAGCGAGCUUAUUCGGCAGGAGAAACUGGAGCAGCUGGCGCGGCGCUUCGACCGUAAGGCAGCCAUGAGAGAGACGUGGCUCAACGAAAACCAGCGCCUGGUGACCCAGGAUAACUUCGGGUAUGACCUGGCAGCUGUGGAGGCCGCCAAGAAGAAGCACGAAGCCAUUGAGACCGACACGGCUGCCUAUGAGGAGCGGGUGAAGGCACUGGAGGACCUGGCCCAGGAGCUGGAGAAGGAGAAUUACCAUGACCAGAAGCGCAUCAGUGCCAGGAAGAACAAUAUCCUCCGUCUGUGGAGCUACCUGCAGGAGCUGCUGCGAUCCCGGCGACAGAGGCUCGAGGCCACCCUGGCACUGCAGAAGCUCUUCCAGGACAUGCUGCACAGUAUCGACUGGAUGGAUGAGAUCAAGGCGCACAUCUUGUCUGCUGAAUUUGGGAAGCACUUGUUAGAGGUUGAAGACCUGCUACAGAAGCACAAGCUAAUGGAAGCCGACAUUGCUAUCCAAGGGGACAAAGUGAAGGCCAUCACCGCGGCCACCCUGCAGUUCACUGAGGGGAAAGGGUAUCAGCCUUGUGACCCCCAGGUCAUCCAGGACCGUGUCAGCCACCUAGAGCAGUGCUUCAGUGAACUGAGCAACAUGGCAGCGGGACGGAAGGCUCAGCUGGAGCAGUCUAAGCGACUCUGGAAGUUCUUCUGGGAGAUGGACGAGGCCGAAAGCUGGAUCAAGGAAAAGGAGCAGAUCUACUCCUCCCUGGACUACGGCAAGGACCUGACGAGUGUGCUCAUCUUACAGCGCAAGCACAAGGCCUUCGAGGACGAGCUCCGUGGGCUCGAUGCCCAUCUGAAGCAGAUCUUCCAGGAGGCUGAGGACAUGGUUGCACAAAAGCAGUUUGGACAUCCACAGAUCGAGACCCGUGUCAAAGAAGUAUCGGCUCAGUGGGACCACUUGAAAGAGCUGGCUGCCUUUCGUAAGAAAGACCUGCAGGAUUCGGAAAACUUCUUCCAGUUCCAGGGUGAUGCAGACGACCUGAAGGCUUGGCUGCAAGACGCUCACCGACUGCUUUCCGGUGAAGAUGUGGGGCAAGAUGAAGGAGCCACGAGGGCCCUGGGAAAGAAGCACAAGGAGUUUCUAGAGGAGCUGGAGGAGAGCCGCGGGGUGAUGGAGCACUUAGAGAACCAAGCCCAGGGCUUCCCCGAGGAGUUUCGAGAUUCCCCAGAUGUGACAAACCGUCUACAGGCACUCAGGAAGCUCUACGAGCAGGUGAUGGCCCAGGCAGAAUUGCGUGGACACAAGCUGCAGGAAGCCCUGGACUUGUACACUGUGUUUGGAGAGUCAGACGCCUGUGAGCUGUGGAUGACUGAGAAGGGGAAGUGGCUGGACCAGAUGGAUAUCCCAAACACGCUGGAGGAUCUGGAGGUUGUGCAGCACAGGUUUGACAUCCUGGACCAGGAGAUGAAGACCUUGAUGGCGCAGAUUGAUGGCGUGAACCUUGCAGCCAACAACCUGGUAGAGAGCGGCCACCCACGCAGUGGGGAGGUGAAACAGUAUCAGGACCGCCUGAACAAGAGGUGGCAGGCCUUCCAGGCAGUGGUGUCAGAGCAGAGAGAGGCUGUGGACUCAGCUCUCCGAGUGAACAAUUACUGUGUAGACUGUGAGGAAACCAGCAAGUGGAUCAUGGACAAGACGAAGGUUGUGGAGUCUACCAAGGACUUGGGGCAGGACCUAGCAGGAGUCAUUGCCAUCCAGCGGAAGUUGUCAGGGUUGGAGAGGGACGUAUUGGCCAUCCGGGAUCGUGUGAGCGCCUUGGAACGGGAGUCGCAGUACUUGAUGGAGUCACACCCUGAGCAGAAAGAGGACAUUGGCCAGAGGCAAGCAGAUGUCGAGAAGCUGUGGAAGGGCCUGCAAGAUGCCUUGCAAGGUCAGGAGCUCUCCUUAGGUGAGGCCAGCAAGCUGCAGGCUUUCCUGCAAGACCUGGAUGACUUCAAGGCCUGGCUGUCGAUGGCCCAAAAGGCGGUGGCCUCUGAGGACAUGCCUGAGUCACUCCCAGAGGCUGAGCAACUCCUACAGCAGCAUGCGGCCAUUAAGGAGGAGAUUGAUGCUCACAAAGACGAUUACCACCGGGUCAAGGCCUCUGGAGAGAAAGUGAUCGAAGGCCAAACUGACCCAGAUUACCAGCUUCUGGGCCAGCGGCUGGAGGGCCUAGAUACUGACUGGGAUGCUCUGUGGCGGAUGUGGGAGAGCCGAGGGAACACCCUCACCCAGUGCCUGGGCUUCCAGGAGUUCCAGAAAGAUGCCAAGCAGGCUGAAGCCAUCCUCAGCAACCAGGAGUACACUCUGGCUCACUUGGAGCCUCCAGACUCCCUAGCAGCUGCAGAGGCCGGCAUCCGAAAGUUUGAGGAUUUCUUAAUGUCUAUGGAAAACAACCGAGAUAAGGUCCUGAGUCCUGUGGACUCCGGAAACACGCUGGUGUCUGAGGGCAACCUGUACUCGAACAAGAUCAAAGAGAAGGUGCAGCUGAUUGAAGACAGGCACAUGAAGAACAAUGAGAAAGCCCAGGAGGUUACAGCUCUCCUGAAAGACAACCUGGAGUUGCAGAACUUCCUCCAGAACUGCAAGGAGCUCACUCUCUGGAUCAAUGACAAGCUGCUGACGUCUCCAGACGUCUCCUAUGACGAAGCCCGCAACCUUCACAACAAAUGGAUGAAACACCAGGCAUUUAUGGCAGAGCUGGCUUCACACCAAGGGUGGCUUGAGAACAUCGACGCGGAGGGAAGGCAGCUGAUGGCAGAGAAGCCCCAGUUCACGGAUGUGGUGUCAGGAAGGCUGGAAGCCUUGCACAAGCUCUGGGAUGAGCUGCAGACCACCACAAAGGCGAAGACAGAGCAACUCUCCGCUGCCCGGAGCUCUGACCUGCGCUUGCAAACCCACGCCGACCUUAGCAAAUGGAUCAGCGCCAUGGAGGACCAGCUGCGAUCCGACGACCUGGGCAAGGAUCUGACCACUGUCAACCGGAUGUUGGCUAAGUUGAAGCGAGUGGAGGAACAAGUGAAUUUGCGGAAGGAGGAGCUGGAGGAACUUUUUGCAGAGGCACCCCCGCUGGGAGCAGAGGCAGGAGACACUGACAUGAGCAUCGAAAAGAGGUUCCUAGACCUUCUAGAACCUCUGGGGAGGAGGAAGAAGCAGCUGGAAUUAUCCAAAGCCAAGCUACAGAUCAGCCGGGACUUAGAGGAUGAGACGCUCUGGGUGGAAGAGAGGCUGCCGUUGGCUCAGUCAGCUGACUAUGGCACUAAUCUGCAAACCGUGCAGCUGUUCAUGAAGAAGAACCAGACCCUGCAGAAUGAGAUCCUAGGCCACGCACCACGGGUGGAGGAUGUGCUACAUCGAGGGCAGGAGCUAGUGAAGGCGGCCGAGAUCGACUGCCAAGACAUCGAGGAGCGCCUGGGGCAUCUGCAGAGCUCGUGGGACACGCUGCGGGAGGCGGCAGCUGGCCGGCUGCAGCGCCUGCGGGAUGCUCACGAGGCACAGCAGUACUACCUGGAUGCGGGCGAGGCUGAAGCGUGGAUCAGCGAGCAGGAGCUCUACGUGUUCUCUGAUGAACCCCCUAAGGACGAAGAGGGCGCCAUCGUGAUGCUCAAGCGGCACCUGCGGCAGCAGCGCACAGUGGAGGAAUACGGAAGGAAUAUCAAACAGCUGGCUGGCCGCGCCCAGAGCCUGCUGUCUGCAGGCCACCCGGAGGGGGAGCAGAUCAUCAGACUUCAGGGGCAAGUGGAUAAGCAGUAUGCCGGGCUGAAGGACAUGGCUGAGGAGCGGAGGCGGAAGCUAGAGAACAUGUACCACCUGUUCCAGCUGAAGAGAGAGGCUGACGACUUGGAGCAGUGGAUUACGGAGAAAGAGAUGGUGGCCUCAUCCCAAGAAAUGGGGCAGGACUUUGACCACGUGACUAUGCUCCGUGACAAGUUCCGAGACUUUGCCCGGGAGACCGGGGCUAUCGGGCAGGAGCGAGUAGACAAUGUGAAUUCUAUCAUUGAGCGUCUCAUCGAUGCGGGCCACAGCGAGGCAGCCACCAUUGCAGAGUGGAAGGAUGGGCUGAAUGACAUGUGGGCAGAUCUGCUGGAGCUCAUUGACACCCGCAUGCAGCUGCUGGCUGCCUCCUACGACCUGCACCGCUAUUUCUACACCGGCACCGAGAUCCUGGGCCUCAUAGAUGAGAAGCACAGAGAGUUGCCAGAGGACGUGGGGCUGGACGCCAGCACAGCUGAGUCCUUCCACCGGGUCCACACUGCCUUCGAGCGGGAGCUCCACCUCCUGGGUGUGCAGGUGCAGCAGUUCCAGGACGUGGCCACCCGACUGCAGACAGCGUAUGCUGGGGAGAAGGCAGAUGCUAUCCAGAGCAAGGAGCAGGAGGUGUCCGCGGCCUGGCAGGCACUGCUGGACGCGUGUGCUGGGCGCCGAGCUCAGCUGGUAGACACGGCAGACAAGUUCCGCUUCUUCAGCAUGGUGCGAGACCUCCUCUCCUGGAUGGAGAGCAUCAUCCGGCAGAUCGAGACCCAGGAGAGACCCAGGGAUGUCUCCUCGGUGGAAUUGCUCUUGAAGUAUCACCAGGGCAUCAAGGCAGAGAUCAAUACCAGGGCCAAGAACUUCAGCACCUGCCUAGAACUUGGGGAGUCCCUGCUACAGAGGCAACACCAGGCCUCAGACGAGAUCCGGGAGAAAUUACAGCAAGUGAUAUCCAGGAGGCAGGAAAUGAAUGACAAGUGGGAGGCCCGCUCUGACAGGCUCCACAUGCUGCUGGAGGUGUGCCAGUUCUCGAGGGACGCUUCUGUGGCCGAGGCAUGGCUGAUUGCCCAGGAGCCCUACCUGGCCAGCCGGGACUUUGGACAUACGGUGGACAGCGUGGAGAAGCUCAUCAAGAGGCACGAGGCUUUUGAGAAGUCCACAGCCAGCUGGGCAGAGCGCUUCGCUGCCCUGGAGAAGCCCACCACGCUUGAGCUUAAGGAACGCCAGACUCCAGACAGACCCACAGAGGAACCUGGGCCUCAAGAGGAGGAGGGCGAGACAGCUGGCGAGGCUCCCCAGGUCCACCAUGCGGCCACCGAGAGAACAUCCCCGGGGGAAGAAAGAGGGCCAUGGCCUCAGGACCUGCAGCCACCACCCCUGCCAGGACACCACAAGGACGAGCAGGAGAAAUCCGUUGGGGAUGAGAGGCCUGCCACAGAGCCCCUCUUUAAGGUCCUGGACACGCCCCUGAGUGAGGGUGACGAACCCACAACGCUGCCAGCCCAGCGAGACCUCGGGCAUACUGUGCAGAUGGAGGGCUACUUGGGCAGAAAGCACGACCUAGAGGGGCCCAACAAGAAGGCCUCGAACAGGUCCUGGAACAACCUGUACUGUGUGCUCAGGAACAGCCAGCUGACCUUCUACAAGGACACUAAGAACCUGGCCCUUGGGGUGCCCUACCAUGGAGAGGAGCCCCUGGCCCUGAGGCACGCCAUCUGUGAGAUUGCUGUCAACUAUAAGAAGAAGAAGCAUGUGUUUAAGCUGAGGUUAAGCAACGGCAGCGAAUGGCUUUUCCAUGGCAAGGAUGAGGAGGAGAUGCUGUUGUGGCUACAGGGCAUGAGCACGGCCAUCAACGAGUCCCAGAGCAUCCGUGUCAAGGCACAGAGUCUGCCCCUGCCUUCCCUGGCUGGUCCUGAUGCCAGCGUAGGCAAGAAGGACAAGGAGAAGAGGUUUAGCUUCUUCCCCAAAAAGAAGUAGCAGCUGGGGGCCCCCAUGGGCGGGGCCAGCCAGGCAGCACUGCAGUGUGCACUGGGACAUGCAAGGACAAGGAGCCCAUGGCCUCGACCUCUGCAGUGGCCAGUCCUCCUCCCGCCUGCCACUCACUGCCUGCAGCCUGCCUGCUCAACUUGCUGGGCCAGCCCCAGGGCCCCACACUGCACUGCAAUAGCUGCCUUGCCUGCCUGGCCUCCCUGGUCUUCCCAAUGCCUGCCAACAGCCCUCCACUCCUCCUACCCCAUGCAGCUGGCUGGGCUCCAGGGACUGGAGGUCCAGCUCCUUUGGGGCUGGAAAAGAGUUCUGUAAGGCAUAUACUCUCCUCUUCCUGCCUACAGGCUGGGAUGCCUGAUGGGUUCCCUCCAGCACUGCCCACUACCACAGCAAAUCCCCUUUGGGGUCACUGAUCAUGUCAGCCAGGGAAAGGAAAAUGAAUAUGAUGAUAGUUGCCCUGUUCCUUAGGGGCGGGAGGAAGGGCCUUCAGAACCAGCUCUGGGCAAGGGGCUGGUGGGGUACCAAGGGGACAAUACGGAUGUCAAGCUGUGAGUACUGCCAGUCUCCUCCUCUCCUUCAGCAACAGGACUCUCUCCUCAGGGCUAGUACGUCCCUUCUUUCCUCUUCUCACACCCCUAAGAGUUUUGGUGAGUGCCGAGUGAAUGAGCCUCCUCCUUCCUAUGACAGACACCCUUUAAUCCUGGCAUCAACAGUGUUAGGGCCAGAAGCCCUCACACCAUUCUCUUGGAAGCCCUGGUACCGCUUAGGGUUCAGACCUCUGUCACAGGAGGGGCAGACAGGUCCACACUUCUGAAGCUUCUGCCUAUAGUGCAGCUCUCUCUCCCAUUCCCAGUUGCAGCCAAACCAACAGUACGUGGCGAGGGCUGGUGCCAGAGACAAGCUGAAUACCCAGAUCCUACAGUCAAGUAUCUCAAAGCUACACGCCCUCCUAUCAUCCGCUGUCCUGGCAGCUAGCACCAGCCAGGCCAGUGGCUGGACACAGAGCUGUUUAUUACCUAGGGGUGACAAACGUAGGCUUGUGACACAGUUACCCCGGAACAUAGGGAUGCGUGUUGAGGUUAUUUUGUGAAGGUGUGGCUCUUCUUGGUUGGUUUCUGCAGACCUAGAUUUUGGGGUCGCCUGGUAUAGAGAUCACCAAGCAUCAAAAGGGGCUCUGCAGCCUGUCCCUGGGGUGCUUUCCCAUGCCCGUGGAAGACUAAGACCACUGGUCCUACAGACAUGCUCUGCUUCACAACUGGAAGCAACACAGCUUCAGCCCAACAUGGCAGCUGGAGUUAGGUCCAAAAGAUGGUUGAGGUGAGGGCAAGGGGCCUUUUCACCCAGGAGACCAUCUGUGUCCCUAGGGCCCACAGCCAGUUUCUACUGCCUUCCCCAUGGGUAAGGCUCAAUGGUAGGCAUACAGUUACUAGGCCUUCCCAGAAUCCCUCACUGUUGACCAGGCAGGUACAGCUCAGAGAUCAGUUGCACCCAGUGACCCCCUCCCCCCAACAUGACCUGAGUAUGAACUCAACUCCAGUGGAUGACAACCCCCUUCGCCAGUGGGGCCUGAUUUCUUCAUCUCCACAGCCGGUCUGAAACUUGGCCUCAGGGUAUAGGACCCUGUAACUCUCUCCUUCUACAGGGAACACAGUGGGCACCACUCAUCAGCCUCUUUGUACAGCUGGAGAAACCAAAGCAGUAGACAGGGAGGCAUCUGCACCCCUGACAAUAAGAAUGGCCUUGGUACACCGAAAGGCAUGUCUAUCUCUGGGACAGGAAGUGGGCUCCUCGAUGAAGCAUUAGGUGGCAAGCAGCUCCCUCAGGCACUUUCCCUGGCCUAGUCUUUGGGGGACCAAAGGAUGAGGGUCUACAUUUCCCUUCUACAUGUACCCAAGUAGCGCCUGAAGUGAGACCUUUCCAGUAACUCCAGAGCCAAGACAGAAAAAAGGCUCUAAUGGAAGAGCUAGGAUUUCACUGCAAAGCAUUAUACAAGGGUAGUAAGCUACAAGUGACCUACCAUCACAGCCAGAUCCCCACACUUCUCACCAGUCACCCAGGCCCCAAGGCACUCAACAUACUGGACUGACUUCGCGGGAACCCUGUGCACUCCAGGGCCAGGCUCUCCUGAUGCCCUGGCAAGGCUGGUUUUUCUCCUGGUAUUUUCUACUUUGCAGUCUUCCCUGACAGUAUUCCCAAACUGGGUUAACACAGCUCCAGUCCACACCAGCAUAACAGGCUUCCUCCCCGGGCGGUUGGAGGAAGCUCUCUGGGCACAGCCAGGCAGCUCUCCUUCCCUCCCCGUUGCCUUUGUCCUGGGCCUGGGCAGACAGGCUGAAGAGGUGCAGCGGUUCCUGGGACCCUCCCACCCCACCUCUACUGGUACUAACAGAAGUCUGUGUAGGCUCGGCUCCCUCCCCUUCCCCAUCUUCUCCUUCCUGCCUACUGGAGGGCAACAGGUCCCCUAGGCUGGUUCUGGAUCUCCUUCCAUCA